UUUGCCCUUUUCGGCGUUGGAAACCUAUCUGCAAAUAGAUGAGGACAAAAACGAGAGUGGAUUGAGUGGAGGAGUGGGAUCAUGGGCUGCUGUGAGUGCUCAUUGUGUUGGGCUUUGUGGUUCAGACUGGAGAGACUUUGAGCAGACACACUGAUAAUUAUUGGACGCUGAUACUUGUGACUGGUUUCCUGUUAACUGUAGCAGGGUUUCAAAUGUGCUUUUAUACAUUAGAAGUUGCAGUUCAACAUUAUUUUUCCAUUUUUUUGUUUUAUUGGGGGUACAGGAAAUUCAUAAGUCAAGUUUUUAGACGUGUGUUUGUGUUGAAGCGCAGCAGCUGUGACAUCUCUACUUGAGGGGUUAGCAUAGACUGUAGACAGGAAGGGGCUGGUGAGCUGGGGGGGCUCUGGUAUUGGUGGUGAUGGGUGAGAAUGCAGCAAAGCCUGUUGGAGCAGUUGUGGUUUGUUGGUUUUUAAAAGAAAAAGACAUUGAAUGGGGCAUACAGCAACAGACCACAGAGUAAUGCACAUUCUAUGCAUUACUCGGUUUCAAUUGUACAAUAUGAUUUAUUGAUUUACUUCAUUUUGCAGUGGAUUAAACUCUGUCGCAUUUGUUGAAACAAAAAAAAAAAAGCUAAAUGUACACAUUUCCUUUUGUGACUUUGUAUUAUUGACCAGUUUUUAACAUUUUUAAAUCUCAGAAACAAUUUUUUCAUUGAAUUAAGACAUUCUUAUUAUCACAUUUUGAUGAAACAUCAAAUAAAAAUGUAUUAAAAAAGAUUGAUUUUUAUCUGAAGAGGCGACCAAGACGAACUAAAUAUUUCAGUCAGUUUACAGAACACUUUGAGUUUUAGCUGUUUUGUAUUUUUCUUCCCCUUAAGCCUUCAUGUGGUCAAUGACAGCUGCAGCAGCAGUGCAUUUCUUAGUUAUACCUGUAACUUCAAAAGUUAGGAAACAUCAGGAAAUCUUCACAUGAAAUGAAGCUCAGCAGAAAGUGGGUCAUACGGUUCAGUCACCCGAUGAUACCACAAUACGCUGCGCCUCUACCAGCUUUCAGAGAAGACUUAAGUGUCUUCUCUGCAGGGCCUGGUUUCAUAUAGUUGUUUGUGAUCUGAGCCUGAGAUUGCAUGACAAUGAGCAGAUGAAGAGAGCAGAAGGAUAAAGAAAAACACUUUUUUGGCUGCAUUUUUGCUGAAAUUGAAAGCCAUGAAAGGGGUUUUAGUGCUUCUUUUUCUGGGUGGUGAGUCCAACAUUCUGUUAAUCUGUGUGAAUUUUAAGGUCCAGUGAUCUACUUUAGUAAUGUGAGUGUGUUGCUGUGUGUUCUAGGUGCGUUUAGCAGCUGGAUGGUGGAAUAUCCACAGAAAGAGACUUGUGCUCUCAAAGGAUCCUCUGUGAUCCUCCCGUGUUAUUACGACUAUCCUGAGUCAUUGGUUGUAGAAGGUGUAAAAUGGGGUCACAAAGAGAACUUUUUUGACGGCCCUUUCAUUUAUGACAGUGAAUUAAACCAGACGUGGUCACGCUUUACGUACAGCGGCGACAAAAACCAUAACUGUUCAUUAAGAAUAGACCAGGUGGAGGACGGUGACGCCGGAAAAUUUGCCUUUAGAUUCAUCACUAAUUCUGAUGAUGGUAAAUUUACUGGUGAGGAAGGCACGAUGCUCAAGAUUGGUGAUUUGAGGAUUUCUCUUGUGAAGCCAAAGGAGAAUGAUGUCAUCAAAGAAGGCAACUCGGCGAGUCUCACCUGCACCAGUAGCUGUGAUGGUGGAGAACCUUCACCAUUCAUCUGGUUAAAGGAUGGAGAAGUGGUACACAAUGGAUCCGUGCUCAGCCUAACGGACAUGUCCUCCACACACUCUGGAAAUUAUUGUUGCACUUAUAACGGGGCAACGUCAGGAGGAAUCAGGAUAGAUGUUGAAUUUGGACCCAAAAACACCAAUGUGGAAGUUUAUCCGUCAGAAGAAGUAGACGAAGGGACCAAUGUCACGCUGAUCUGCAACAGCCACGCGAACCCUGCAGUGAUGAACUACACCUGGUUCAAAAAGCACAGAAAUAACGUAACGGUUCUCGGGGAACAGCGCAAAUAUUCUUUUGGGAAAUUCUCUCAGAGGGAUGACGGCCAGUACUUCUGCCGAUCCACCAACAAGCAUGGAAGCAGCAACUCCUCUGAUGUCACCGUGAAGGUUAAAGUGCCCCCGACAAAGUUGAGUGCUAAACUGAUCGUCAUAUUGAGUUGUGUGGUGAUUCUUGUGCUCCUUGUUGUGACUUCAGUUGCAGCCAAGAUAAAAUUUUGCAAAAACAGAAUCACAUCGACAGAAACUGACUGUGAGGAGGAAACACAGGAUAACAUCUAUGUCAACUUGCCUGACUUUGAUAAGAGUCAGUCACAAGAAGAGACUCAGAAUGACUCAUACAUUGUUUAUACGCCGGUACAACUCAAGAGGAAAUCUGACAUGGAGGAGCAGACGGACUCCCAUGACGAAAGCGACUCUGUGAUUUACAGCGUAGUGUGCAGACCCAAGCCGCUCAGCCUUUCCGAUGUUGAGCCUUCGAGACAUCAAACAUCAAUUUGAGUGAUGGUGUUGCAUCCACAAGAAUCUAUUUUUGAGUCAACAAAAUGACUUUAAAUGUGUACAAAUGUAGGAUAUCUUGGUUAU